AGUGCGCUGGAAGAGCCGCACCCCAGCGCGAGAGCAGAGAAGUACAGCCCGAGCCCAAACACUGGAGUAGGGAACAAAAAGCCCCUGUAGCCUCCGAGUCGCUGUCCUUCCCCACAGCAUCACACCUGGGUCCAAGUGCGGAUUGCACGAUGAACGGAGAUUCAGGCGCAGGGGUGGUGGCGUCCAGCCCACCAGCGAGCAUUCCCCACAAGGAGCGCUACUUCGACCGGGUGGAUGAGAGCAGCCCCGAGUACCAGAGAGAGAGGAAUAUGGCCCCUGACCUACGCCAGGACUUCAACAUGAUGGAGCAAAGAAAGCGAGUGUCCAUGAUCCUGCAGAGCCCGGCCUUCUGUGAGGAACUGGAGUCCCUGAUCCAAGAUCAGAUGAAGAAGGGCAAGAACCCCACCAGCCUGCUGGCCCUGCAGCAAAUUGCCGACUUCAUGACCACCAGCGUCCCCACCAUGUACCCUGCUGCCCCGCAGGGGGGUAUGGCAGCCCUCAACAUGAGUCUGGGUAUGGUGACCCCUGUGAACGACCUCAGAGGCUCAGACUCCAUCGCUUAUGAGAAAGGCGAGAAGCUCCUCCGCUGUAAGCUUGCUGCCUUCUACCGCCUGGCAGACCUGUUUGGUUGGUCCCAGCUUAUCUACAACCACUUAACGGUCCGGCUGAACUCUGAACAGGAGCGUUUCUUGAUUGUCCCGUUUGGGCUUCUGUACAGUGAAGUUUCCGCCUCCAGUCUGGUGAAGAUUAACCUCCAGGGGGAGAUGAUUGACCGUGGUAGCACCAACCUGGGCGUGAACCAGGCCGGUUUCACCCUGCACUCCGCCAUCUACGCCGCCCGGCCCGAUGUCAAGUGCAUUGUGCAUAUCCACACGCCAGCAGGCGCCGCGGUGUCUGCGAUGAAGUGCGGCCUUCUGCCCCUAUCUCCCGAGGCUCUGAGUCUAGGCGAGGUCACCUACCAUGACUACCACGGCAUUCUGGUGGACGAAGAGGAGAGAGUCCUCAUCCAGAAGAACCUAGGACCCAGGAGCAAGGUGCUGAUUCUGCGGAACCAUGGGCUGGUGUCGGUGGGGGAGACAGUAGAAGAAGCUUUUUACUACAUUCACAACCUGGUCACAGCCUGUGAGAUUCAGGUGCGCACCCUGGCGAGCGCGGGGGGUCCCGAUAACCUGGUGAUGUUGGACCCGGGAAAGUACAAAGCCCGCCCUCUUCACCCUGAGCCAGCCGGAGAUGGCACGAGCCCGCAUCCCAAGUGGCAGGUCGGGGAGCAGGAGUUCGAAGCCCUCAUGCGGAUGCUGGAUAAUCUGGGCUACAGGACCGGCUACCCGUACCGCUGCCCUGCGUUGCGUGACAAAGCUAAAAAGUACAGCGACGUCGAGAUCCCGCCCUCCGCUACUGGCUACUCGUACGCGGAGGACAGCGAUUCGGGCGCUCGCUCUCCGCUGAAGCAGAGCUUCCAGCGGCAGCAGAGAGACAAGAGCCGCUGGCUGAGCGCCGGCCGGCCGGACGAGGCCUCUGAGGAGGGCCCAGAAGGCGGUGCCGGCAGCCCCAAGGCGAAGACUAAGUGGACGAAAGAGGAGAGUCUUCGACAGGCUGCAGUGGCCAAUCAGUUUGUCCCACUCAACACAAAUCCAAAAGAAGUCCAGGAGACACGGAACAAGAUCCGGGAGCAGAAUCUACAGGACAUUAAGACGGCUGGCCCACAGUCACAGGUGCUGACAGGGGCCGUGGUUGACCGGUCCUUCGUCCAAAGAGCGACUGUCUGGCAUGAUGCGCCACUGUCUGACUGUUUGGAGUCUAUCGAUGGCCUCGACAUCUCAGACAGCUUAAGUCCUGCUAGGUCUGUUAGAAAGGGUGAGCUGGUGACUGCCUCAAAAGCCAUAAUAGAGAAGGAGUACCAGCCUCGUGUGAUCGUAAGCAAGACUGGACCGAACCCGUUCAACAAGCUGUCUGAUCAGGAGCUGGAGGAGUACCGUAAAGAGGUGGAGCGCAAACAGAAAGGCCAAGAAGUACAGGUUGAGUCUGUCAGCUCAUUGCUCUCAGUUGCAGGGGCAGUCCCUGCUCCUCAUCCUGCUGCUCCAGGUCACAGUUCGGAGGAGCUUCCAGGAACUCCUGAUUCUUCCAACGACCCCAGCCGCAGUGCCGAAUCAGGGUCGGGAAGGGCCAGCCCCUCUGAUCCUGUGGAGUCACUACAUAAGGACUUUCACUGUGCGGUACUGAAAGCCCUCAGUGAUGCCCCAGAACUGUCUGGGAAUUUUCAGUCUGCUCCCAACAGUGAAGUUGCAGAUCAGACACAGGAGACGGAGUUGGUAGCAAAGGGCCAGAGCCCCACCCAUACCCCACCAAGCACCCCAGUCCGAGUAGAAGAAGAGCCGCAGCAGGAACAGACCUCUAAAGAUGAAAGCGACGCAGCCACUUUAAGACAAACCCUCCCUGACCUGACCCCUGACGAGCCUUCAGAAGCCGCCACCCUCUCCAUGGAAGAGCACGCCCCCGCUCAGACAGACCCCGCCCCGCCUCCAGAUGGGGAGGAGGCCGUUUUUGCCGACGAAGCUGCCGGCGACCAGGGCAGUGACGAGUCCCCCAACAAAUCCCCUUCAAAGAAAAAGAAAAAAUUCCGCACACCCUCAUUUCUGAAGAAAAAUAAAAAGAAGUCUGAGACCUAGAAAGAUCGCCGAGGCAAAAGUCUUACCCAGUGCUUCCUUUCUUGUUCAUUUGCAUAACCUUCUGUUCACCUUUUUAGUGUACCAGUUAUUUUCCCCUGUAGGGGUAAAAUUUGCUUUUACGUUUUUAACAGCUGCUUGUUAGAGUGGUGAGUGACUAUUUUGUCUGGGGAUAAAAUGUGUGUGUGGUCUAGCUUAUUCCGCAUGUCUGCACGGGCCCGCAUGCUAGCAUAGAUUUAUCUCCGUUUUUAUAAGAAAAAGUUAAACUAAAGCUAAAUAACCACUAGAAUGUAUUUGGAUUUUAUCAAACUCUGUUAAAGUGUCUUUACAAAAAGAAGAAGAAGAAGAAUGCAAAAAAGGGGGAAAAAAAUUAAACCUGAAAACUGCACGGUGCUAAACUGUCCAAUUCUGAUGUCCAUUUGCAUUUAACUCCGUCAUCUUUUAUAAGCAGAUGACUUGCUAACCAGUGAAAGCUUUUCAACAGUUUAUUGUUAAUGUUCUACAAUACUUGAUCAUGUAUCAAAGAUGUGUGUGCACACUUUAAUAAGGCUAUAGGUAGUUGAACUUAAUUGCAUUUGAAUACGUCUAGAAGCACUAAAUCAGAUUUUGAAAACUCUUCAUAAGGCAGAUCCAAAAUGGUCUGCCUUUCUGUCUUCAUAACUCUGCCACUCUGUAACCAGUAUAGUGUUUUUUAAAAAUUUGGCUUGCAUCGUACAGAAUAUGGAGGAAAAAAAAAAAAGUAUAUUGUUUGGGUUGAUUUUGUUUUUCUCUUUUCUAUUCAGUGAUUUUUCAUGACAAGUUGCACCCAAAACUGUUAUCAAUUUGACCCUUAACCUUAAUCUCUUUUUCAUGUUUUUAUUUUGAAACACUGUUAUGAGUAUAGCAAAUUUUUGUUCAUUUAAAUUUAAUUGAAUCCUGUCUGCAUAAAAAAAUAUUUUUACAUGGGUAAUUGUCAUGUUUCUGCCAGGUGUUUUGUUUUUUUUUUUUUGUUUUGUUUUGUUUUUUUUUUUUAAAUAUAUAGUAAAUGUGAAAAGUUGAUCAUUGGCUAAAUGAAACUGGCUUCAUUGCCAUUCGAAACAAAACAACUAACGGAUAAUGUUAGAUUAAUCGAGGAUAAAGAAUAAUGUUUCUGGUAUAAAUAGAAAGGAAACCUCCUCCUGCCUGGUUUCCACAUGCUAUCUGGCUCACACUAAUGUUAAUUCACGGUUUCAAUAUUUGGUAUUUAAGGUUGAAGUGCCCGUAUAAAGCUAGCGCAUAUCCUGUGGCUGUGUCCGUGGGUGCCCACGCUGAGGUGUGACGGGGAUACGUGGGACUCCGUUAGAAACACACACCUUACCUCCUGGGUUUUAGCUCAUCUGUGCUCUCUUGCUGCCCUCAGACACAAUGCAAAGAAUAUGCUUGUGGGACAUUGAUUAUAGGUGUCCAAACUUAUCCUCUGUACCACAUGAAUAAUGUCUGUUUAAUAACAGUUCUCUUAUUAAUCAUGCAUAAUUGUUACUGCUUCUCUUGUGUUGUUUUCAAAUACACACUGUGUCCUUGAAAGUUCAGCACUUGAUGUGAAAUACUGCGACAAUGGGAGCCACCCUGAUUUCAUACAAAACAUGGACACAUGGAAAUUAGGUGCCCUAAAACACCACCACUAAUUUAACCACUAAUCCCAGUGUGCUGCAAAUCUCCAAAUGAACUGCACAUAAUACAUUAACCAAGCCAUAACCCCCCCCACACACACACACACACACACGCGCCAAUUGCUGUUGCGUUUGUACUUGGAGACAGAGAUGGUGGCUUGUUUACAUUGGCCCACACGCAUUCUGUGGAUUCAGAGAUGUACGAUCAGUGCUAGACCAAUCUGAUUUACCCUGCAAAUCCCGCUUGAGAAUGGGGGAGGGUCAUCCCUGGAGAUCUGCCGCGGUGCUGAGUUUACAUCCUGCCUUUAUCCUUCACCUUAUCCAGCCAGCAAAGGUCUUAGAAACGAACCCGUUAGCAGGAUACGGUGUGCUAGGCAAGAGUCGGAGGUGAAGCUUCCACAGCAGCAGAUCUCCAGGUGCACGGAUGCUGAUCGCUGGUUCAGACCAAUUUACUGUGUGUCUAGAGCUUAACGUGACCUUACAGAGGUUUCUGGAAGGUCCGCGUGGUGUACAAGCUUGUAUCAUGUGUCCUCUGUACAUUUACAACUGUAUCAAUUUUUAGCUUUGUCAUGUCAUGCUUUACCAAUGUUUGAUGAUUACCAAGUUAGUAGUUGAUUUCCUUAUAAGGGAUUGUUUUAUGUUGUUGUCCUGUUUUAAAUAUAUAGCUUACUUUUAUUCCCUGAAGUGUAAUUUGGGGUGGGGGGGGGGGGGUGUUUGUUUUGGUUUUGUUUUUUUUCCAAUAAUUAAACACUUUUUUCUUUUUUUUUUCAUGGUACUCCUUUAUUAUAUAACCAUGAAUAAAAACUUUUUUCCCUUCAAAACAGUGA